AUGGAAGCCCGCAGGUACACAUUGGCUCUACAUUUACCAGUUCACCUCCGGAAAGAUGAGAGAUUCAUGAACUAUAUGUUCACUAAUCUUCGUCACCGUCCUACGGAUCAGUUUUACUUUCAGAUCCUGUUGCCGUCCUAUGCUCAUUUGAUCGGUGGCGCAAGCUUCAUGGCCCCCGUCUACUUCCUUAGUCUCUACGCUCGUACAGCCUUUCAAAUCAAAUGCAAGAAGUCUCCUCCACGAUAUUGCCCGAGAUGCUAUGAAACCCUUUCGGAAGCAGGGCUGCUCUGUCCCGAUCCAGUUCGGAGCAGUUUCAUCUCUGUGCCACCUCUUAGCACUUUUGGCAAGGUCGACGACGAGGUCGUCGUUAGUCUGACUAGAAAAUGA